CGCGCGGGUCUUCGAUAAACAACGUGUUUGGGACACAACAUAAGCGUACGUUCAAACCAAACACUAUAAGAAAUAUAUAUAUAUCUUUUGGUGGUGUCGGGCGCCCAAAGAACGAAAAGUAUGGUCAACAAGCCAGUAAAACACAAUUGUUUACCAGAAGUUGUUCUCCUGAGCCAGUGUUCGUAGAGAAAUUCAUGUGAAUCAAGUUGGAAACCGUGUGCGCGGUGUUUUUACGCGGCAUCCGUCUGUAAAAAUCGAAGGCACAACAAAACAAUAAUUGCGCAAAGAAGUGGUACAAAAUAAUCAAAUAGAAGAAUCACCCGCAUGGCAGGGGGCAACAGGGUGUAACAAGUGAUUAAAAGAGAGUUCUGAAAGUUUAAAUAGAUUCUCCUCCAAGCGAAAGUGAAGUUUAAGAGUGUUUUGCUGUUGAUGUUUUUUGUUGAAACCGAAUCCCCGUCGGUGUGUUUGUUGUGGUCGGUCUCCGGCAGCGGCAGCAGGCAGAGCUUAUGCAAAUGUGGAACGGCUGCUCUGCGCUGCUUGUGGGAUAUAAAUUGCAAUCGAAGCGGAAGCUUUUAUGAAUGAGUCGUCUGCCAGGAGACGCAGCAGCAGCAGCAGGAGGAGUAGCUACGUGAGCGCCACGGGGGAGUGGGAGAGUGGAGCAUCCAUAUCCAUAUCCAUCCAAGAUGGCCUUCAGCUAUGCGUGCAUGGUGCUGCAGCGCGUCGUCGUUCCGGCGGUGCUGGUUCUGGCUUCGCUGAUGCGACCGGUGGGCAUAUCAUUUGUAUACCUUCUCAUGUUCUUCAUGUCGCCAUUUGUGCCUCUGGCCACGCGACGCAACUUCAAGGGAUCCGUCACCGCCUUCUUUAUCAUCCUGCUGUCACUGAGCACUCUAGUCCUGCUGGGGCACAUCGCCCUCCAAAUACUGGCGGUCAGCACAACGCUGCCCAUCUACAACUGCUCCUUCAGCGAGCGCCUGCUCAGGCACAUUGGCUUUGUGAGCUUCAUCGAUCUAAAGCCCCUGGCCAUCAUUGAAUGGCUCGCCCCGGAGGUCCUGGUGUUUGCCACCUCUCUUGGCUCCUACCUCAGCGUGAAGCGACUCGCUGCACAGCCCAUCAAUGCCGAGCAGCUGGAGAACGGUGAGCUUAUCGAGGCCCAGUCCGGCGACCCCGCCCAUACGACUCAGCCCCCCUGUCCCACAGAUGCCAAUGGCGGAGAUGUGCAGCAAGCUACGGCAACGACGCCACUGCAACAGCAGCAGCAGCAGCUGCGGAAGCGGGUCUCCAUGAUCAGUCAGCAUAUCCACUUCGAGGGAUUGAUCAAGAUCUCGCCUCUCUUCUGCCUGGCCACACUGUUCUUUGCGGCCGCGCUGCGUCCCUCGGUGCCGGGUGGAUUCUAUUUUCUCAUCUUCCUGCUGGCCGGCACUUACUGGGCAACCUGCCAGACGCUGCAACGUGGCUUCGCCAUGCUGUUGCGCUGCGUAAUGGUCGUCCUUGUGCUCCACUCGCUGUCCAUCGUGUCCUACCAGACGCCGUGGAUGCAGGGUCACCUCAAUCACACCAGCCUGACGGCGCGUCUGAUUGGUCUGGAGCCGCUCAUUGAAUCCUACUGCUCGCCGGAUAUACGUGUCCUUUUGUAUAAUAAUACCCUGUAUCUGGACUCGUAUCUGAAUCCGUUUGCCCUGUUCUUUGCCUACUUUGCUUUGGCUCUGACCACCAAGCAUCUGAUCAAGCCCAGGCUGGAGGCAAAGCCUGCCACCGCCUUUGGCCAGCAGCUUGACUGCAACAGCAGCAGCCUCAACAACACCGGCAAAGCAAACCGCCAGCUGACGCUCCGCACCUCACAGACCUCGCGGGGCAGCAGUCGCAAGGACAGCUCAGGUCCCGGCGCUGGAUCCACCACCGCCUCCACCACAAAUCGAGCACAGCGCCUGAGUGUUUCUUUGCGCCGUGAUCAGCGCGCAGCGUUAAAUGAACCGACAGAGACGACGCCUCUGGUGCGUCAGAGUACUCGGAAGGGGCGCACAGCCCAGCCCCUGGAGAGCGGAUCUUCGGCAGCAGGGAGCGGCACUCAGCGUGGCAAUGAAAUACCGCUGGACUCGCUGGAUCAGCGAUCGGAGCAGGAGAACACGACCACCUCGAUACUGGAUCAGAUAUCGUAUGGCUUUGUCAGUGUGGGGGGCUUCAUCUACCAGAACAGCUACAUAUUCACCAAUAUUCUAAUGAUGGCCUGGUCCAUAGUGUACCACAGUUGGCUGACGUUCGUCCUCCUGCUGUGGGCCAAUGUGCUGUGGAUGAUACCCAACCAGCGGAAGGCGAUGAUGCGGUCCAGUCCGUUCAUCGUGCUCUACGCGGAGGUGCUGCUGGUGGCCCAGUACAUAUACGGCAUGGACCUGAACAACAAUGAGCUUCCCACGAAGGUCUCCACGGCGGGCAUCAAUCUGCAGCAGAUUGGGUUCGAGCGGCCCAUCGAGAACCACAUGCGUCCCUGUGUGCCGCUGAUCGUGAAGACAGCCUUCGUGCUGAUGUUCUGGGUGACGUCGCGUCAGUUCUUUAAGGAGAAGCGCGACCGGCGAAGGGACAGCACCCUGGCGGACAUCAUUGCUCCGCUGCAGAUCACCGUGGGCUCCGCGGGGUCCAGCUACCUCAUCAACGACGGCAAGAAGACCUCAAAGUUCCUAAAGAAGGCCGGCGAUGUGAUCAAAAACCUGCUGGUGCGCCUGUGGAUCUGGCUGCUGGUACUGGUGAUCUUCCUCUGCGCGAUCACCGGAGAGAAUAUGACGGGAUUCCGCAUCUGCUACAUGGCCCUGUUCCUGUUCUUCUUGCUGGUCUUUCAGUCCUCGUCCAAGGCCUGGGUAAAGAUCAUGUACGGCUUCUGGCUGUUCCUCAUCUUCUACGCCAUGUCCAUACUGAUCCUGAUCUACACAUAUCAAUUCGACAAGUUCGACACGUACUGGAAUGACUAUCUCAAUGUGUCCAAGACUCUACAAAACGACAUUGGCCUGAAGCGCUACCAAACUAAGGAUCUGUUCCUCCACCUGGUCUCGCCCACGAUCAUUGUGAUCCUGACUGUGAUCCAAGUGCAUUACUUCCACAAGCGGUUCAUUGCCUCGCUGCAACAGCAGCCGGGAGCUGGCGGCUCUGCACAGCAGAAACCCACCGAGACAACGGCCCUGGAAGCGGCGCACUCAAAGCGUCGCGGCAGUGCCGGCUCCCUGCGUCGCUCCCAGGGUCCAUCAGGCGAGGCGGCGCCCGGCGGCGCCACCACAGACUUUGAGACCUCUGUGCGGGAUCUGGUGCGGAUAUCCUUCCGGAAGAUCAAGAACAAGUCUGAGUACAUCUUCAAGAACUUCAAGGACGUCUUCUGGCGCUUCCUGGAGCUGCAUAUCAUGAAGGCCGUCUACAUCGCCGCCUUUGUGUGCAGCGUGAGCGAGGUCUGCGUCCUGCACAUUGUCUUUGUGGGCUUCUGUGUGCUGGGUGCCACCUCUCGGAAGGCCAUCCAAGUGAUAAUCAGCCGCGUGAUAUCGUUUAUUGUCACCAUCAUCGUCCUGUCCAAGAUGAUCUACCAGAUUGAGUACCUGAGCCACACCCAGUACAAUGUCUUCUGCUCCGACAACCGCACGGCCAACAACGCCGAAUGGGUGGGCCUCACCAAGGCUGAGAAGCUGGAGGGCGGCUUGAUGAGUCUGCUGCGCACGUACAUCAUCUACAUGGUGAUUGUGACCAUGCAUGCCGUGAUCACCUUGCGUCAGCUGCAGAUGAGAGUGAAGACUGGAGCCCUGAAUGCCACGCCCACCAAGCUGCUGUUCCCCAAUAUCAUCCGCGCGGAUGCUGAGAAGGAUCUAGUGGGCCUCGUCAAGUACCUCCUGAACUAUGCCUUCUACAAGUUUGGCAUCGAGAUAUCGCUGAUUGCCCUGGUAUCCACCAUCACCUACCGCCAGGACAUUGUGGCCGUGGCCUAUGCGCUCUGGCUGGUCGUCCUGCUGCUGUUGAGGCGUUCCCAGUGCGCCAAGAUCUGGGGAGUGUUCCAGGCCUUCUUUGCCAUCUCGAUACUGAUGCAAUAUAUCGUGUUGGUGGGACUGCCACCAAGCUCAUGUCUGGUUUAUCCUUGGGACGAGGGCGCCUUUGGGGAGAGCAUCCAACGCUGGACGAUGCUGCCCGGAGCCCUGCACUUCAACCAUGUGCCCAAGCUGAUUUUCGACUUCAUCGUACUGAUCAUUCUGAACCGCCAGAAGAGCAUCUUCUGCAUCGAGCAGCGGUAUGCCAGCAACGACGACUACCCCGGAGGCAGCAACCGCAGCGUCAUCGCGGACAUUGCCCAGCUGGGGAGGACGCCUUUCGACAAUCCCACCCACGACUUCUGCUCGUACAUUCGCAACUACUCGGACAUCCUGAAGAACGGGGUGUUGUGCGGCUUCUACUGGUUCACCCUGGCCGUGGUCUUCUUGGCCGGGACCAACAUAGCCGAUCUGCUGGCCCUGGGCUACCUCAUUGGGGCAUUCGUCUUCCUCUGGCAGGGCUCCGACUUCUAUCUGCGGCCAAUCAACACAAUCAUCAGUCGCUGGGAGUGGCUGCUGGCCUUCAACGUGGCCAACAUCCUCAUCAAGACGAGCUUCCAGAUGGCCGGCUGCCUGUUCAUGACGCCCCUGACCACCCACUGCUGCUGGCUGGUACACAUGCUCGGCAUCACCUGCACGAGCAACGUGCUCAAGGAGGAACUGAUGCUGUCCGAUGAGACGGACCUGAUAUUGGCGCCCGGCGAAUGCCCUAAGAUCACGCAUCAGGUGGUUCUGCUGUGGGACACGAUCUGCUUUGCCUUUAUCAUCUUCCAGCUGCGCAUCUUCAAGUCCCACUACUUCUGCCAUAUCAUCACGGACACGAAGGCCAACAACAUUCUGGCCUCCAGGGGAGCUGAUAUCAUUGAGGGAUUGCGGCAGAACCAGAUUGCCCAUCGACACGGCCACGAGAAGCAGGUCCUGCUCAAGAUCAAGCGGAAGAUGGAGCGCAUUCGGGCCACGCAGCAGAAGAUGCUGCGACCCCUGGACAAGCAGACGCAUUUUGAUGAACAUGGUUAUCCACUUCCUGCACCAACAGUACGCAGAAGGAAGGAAAUCAAAUUACAUCCACAUGCUACCCGGGCUGGCGACUACUACAUGUUCGAGGAGAUGGAUGACAAAUUCGAGCUGGAUCUGAUACACGACGAGAUUGACUUCCUGGAGGAGGAGAACAUGACCGAGAGCGAGAUGAAGAUGCAGCGUCGCAAGACCCUCUAUGAUAAAUCCAAGGAUGCUCCCGGUGCCGAUUUCCCCUCCACAAGCAAGGGCAUAUCCAAGGAGCGGGAUGCAGCCAGCACGGAAAGUCCGGCCGCUCCCACCCACGAUGUGGCUGAUCUGCCAGUGAUUCCGCCGCCCUCAACCAGCUUGGGACGCGAGGCCCCCUACAAGGAGACAUCCGACAGCAAAUCCAAGAUGGAAGUCGACAGCGGCGAGGUGACGGCCAAGGACUCGGACGAGGACUUCGACACGAAUCCCAUCAUCAGACUGCUCGAGGGCUUUUUGGUCACCCUGACCAUAAGACUGAACCGCUUCUCGCGCAACUACCGCUACGUCAAUCGCAUCCUGGCUGGCGAGAAGAAGACCCUGAAGGAAUCGAGCUCCCUGAACCGUCUCGGCCUGUCGAGUGCAGCUGCCAUGUUCCACUUCCUCAAGUCCAACCUCGAAAGCAAUGAGAGUGGUGGCGAGCAGCCCGCGUCAUCGUCCACGCCGCGGCGGCCCCCAGCCACGGCAGUCGUUACUCCACCCACGCCAACAGAACACACAACCACAAGCACCCCACUAAACACGAAUACUACAACCACACCGCUAUCACCACAAGAUCCACCGCCACCAACAACAACCAGUACACCUGUACAACAGAAUCAGCCACAGAAUCAGCCUCAGCACAGUCGACACAGUGCUGUGGACGACAUCAUCGAACUGCCCGUAGAUACGGUUGAUGCAGCCACUUCUAGAAAACAAUCGAUCAAUUCAUCGCCGCCAGCCAAGGGCGCUGGAGACUUCAACUUGGAGGAAGAGAACUUUGCCCAGCGAGAUCAUCACAUAAUUGUGGAGGUGCUGAUUUCCUCGUGGUACGCCCUGCUUGCCAACACAGAUCUGAUCUGCUACAUAGUGGUGUUCAUCAAUCAGGUCGUCAAUGCCAGUCUCAUUUCGUUGCCGCUGCCCAUAAUGGUCUUUCUCUGGGGCACUCUGUCCCUGCCACGUCCAACGAAAACCUUCUGGGUCACACUGAUUGCCUACACGCAGGCCAUUGUUCUGAUCAAGUGUAUCUUCCAGUUCAAACUGAUCUGGGCGAAUUAUCACAACCUCCCCAACCAGCCCCUGACGGCCGCCAAGAUCUUUGGUGUGGAGAUGAAGACCCACUAUGCUGUGUACGACCUGAUGCUGUUGCUGGUGCUCUUCCUGCACCGCUACCUGCUCAAGUCGCAAGGACUGUGGAAGUCGGGCUACAAGGACACAGAUCAGCAGUUUGCCAAGCCCACCGCCAGCAUCGAUGACCGAGACGACAGCGACAACCUGUCUCAACCCGACUCCCGCCACCUGAACGAUGAUGCGGCUCAGAAGUUGAGCCUGCAAGUGAGCCAAGCUUCGUUGCCGGGGUCCCCGGAGUACAGCAAGUCGGGCAUCAAUCAGCUAGAACGAACCAAGUACACCUCCUCGUUGCACAAGUUCUUCUUUAGUCUGGUGCAUAAGUCCCGUCUGGCCACAGACGUGUAUGCCCUGAUGUUCCUUUGCGAUUUUAUAAACUUCUUUGUACUGCUCUUUGGCUUCACAGCAUUUGGAACACAGCAAACGGAAAGCGAUGAAGGUGUGCAGACAUAUCUGGCGGAGAAUAAAGUGCCUAUACCAUUCCUGAUCAUGUUGCUGGUCCAGUUCCUGCUCAUCGUCAUCGAUCGGGCGCUGUAUCUGCGCAAAGCUCUAGUGAACAAGAUUAUUUUCCACUUCUUCUCUGUGAUCGGCAUACACAUCUGGAUGUUCUUCGUAGUGCCGGCGGUGACGGAGCGCACCUUCAACUCGCUGGCGCCACCGAUCAUCUUCUAUGUGAUCAAGUGCUUCUACAUGCUGCUGAGCUCCUAUCAGAUCAAGUCGGGCUAUCCCAAGCGCAUUCUCGGCAACUUCUUCACCAAGGGCUUCUCGAUGGUCAACAUGAUCGCCUUCAAGGUGUAUAUGCAGAUCCCGUUCCUAUACGAGCUGCGCACCAUUCUCGACUGGGUCUGCAUCGACAGCACCAUGACCAUCUUCGACUGGCUCAAGAUGGAGGACAUAUUCUCUAAUAUAUAUCUCAUACGCUGCACCAGGCAGUCGGAAACCGACUUUCCAGCGAUGCGCGCCCAGAAAAAGGCUUCCAUCUCGAAGCUGAUUAUGGGCGGCACCAUUGUCCUGCUGAUUGUCAUUUGCAUCUGGGGUCCAUUGUGCCUGUUUGCCCUGGGCAACGCUGUGGGCACCUCCAAUGUGCCCUUCCAGGUGUCGCUCUCCAUCCGCAUUGGUCCCUACGACCCCAUUUAUACCACCAACAACUACGAUAGCAUUUUCGAGAUCGAUCCCACGAUGUACUCGCAGAUGACCAAUGCUUAUAUUAAGGAUAAACAGGCUCUGACCUUCAUCACUGGCUACGACGCAACGGAUGUGGCGGCGGUCAAGCUGGCUGGGAACUCACCCUCCCUUUGGAAUAUAGCCCCGCCAGAUAGGCAGCGUUUGCUGAAUGAUUUGAGAAACAAUCAUACGCUCAAGGCCCGCUUCUCUUACACCCUUACACGGAAGGCUCCGGCCAAGGGUCUGAAAGAAAUUGUAGGCGAUGAGCAUGCCAUCUCCCUGGACGAGACUUUCGAGGGACGUGCAGCUCUCAUUAAUAUGCUGAACGAAACCCACGACUUGGAGCCAACGGGCAAUGACACCAGUACCAAUGGAACCAAUAGCACUGCUGAAGAAGUAGUAGUGCUGCCUGCCAUGAUACCAAAAUUCAUCAAGGUGCUCAACUCGGGCGAUGCCGCUGUGGUCACUGUGCUGAGUCCCAAGAACGAGGAAUACCGUCCUCUAGUCAUCCAAAUGCAUCGAGACAAGGAGACAAACGGCCUGUGGUGGGAGAUACGAGACUUCUGCAAUGACACCUUCUACAAUACCACUCUGAAGGAGUUCGCCUACAGCAACUGCACUUCCGGUAUCGUGAUGUAUACCUUCAACGACAAGAAGUUCCCAUCGACGUUCAGCUUCCUCACAGCUGGCGGCAUCAUUGGCUUGUACACCACAUUCGUGUUAUUGGCCUCGCGCUUCAUGAAGUCGUUCAUUGGCGGACAGAAUCGAAAAAUUAUGUUCGAGGAUCUACCCUAUGUAGAUAGGGUAUUGCAGCUGUGUCUAGAUAUAUACCUGGUACGCGAGGCCUUAGAAUUCGCCUUGGAGGAGGAUCUGUUUGCCAAAUUACUCUUCCUGUACCGUUCGCCCGAGACGCUCAUCAAAUGGACCCGCCCCAAGGAGGAGUACGUGGACGAUGAUGCCGACACCGACUCGAUGAGUGUGCGGCGGUCCGAACAACUGCAGCAGCACCAACAGCACCAGCAUCAACAAUAACAUAGGCCCAACCCAAGCGCUUAAGUAAUCUAGAACUGGUCUACGUAUAUAGUACGUAUUGCGUUAGCGUAGGUUUCAUAGUCUUUUUUAAACAUUUUUUAUAUGAACACGUUUGUAUAAGGACCUAGACAUAGAGCUAGCUAGAGAGAAACACAAAUCAAAACAAAACACAAAGGUACACAUCACCCAUUUAUACGGUUUACAGAUAGUUCGAUUUUUUGUCACAAGUACUGCCCGUGUGUAAAACUGAAAAGGUCUAAAGUGUACACCAACUAUUUUAAGCAUACAUACAAACUGUUCGUACAGUGUACACACGUGUGUACCGUACACGCAAAUGUCUUUAGUCGUAAGUAAGCGAAAAGUGCUGCUAUUUGUUAGCUAAACAAAUGAAAAUAUGAAUUGUAAUUGUCUAAAGAGAGAAAAUAAUUUAUUUAAGUUAUUACUAAACUAUGUGUACAUCAGUGAAGAAAAAGGAGGAGGAUAAACUAAUAAUAAUCAUGAGAACUCAUAUUCAGGGAAUUUUAGCAUUUUACAGAAACCGUAUGUGUAAAGAAUUAACCAAAAUGGUAGCAUCUAACAAUGAAUGUUUUAUAUAUAUUGAUACGAAACAAUAAUAACUUGUAAUUACCAAUAUCGAUCGCUUCGAAUAGCUACGUUGCCUCUAUGUGCCCUUUACAGAAUAUUAAAGAUAUUAUGUAUAUGUUGAACUGUUUGUUAUAGAUUGUAAAUUGUACUAGUAUGAAUCUGUUGCAAAUACUACAUAUAUAGAGCGUUGACUUUAGUUGUAGGCAUAUCACAUCACAUCUAUAUUUUUAUAUUGAACGCAAAAAUAUCAUUUGCUUGAGCGACCAUUUAAUAGGCAAAUUCAUAUCAAAUACUUACAUACAUAUGUAUGUGCUAGGGCGCGUAGGCUUUCAAUCAAAAUUGAUCAACCACAUAUGUGUAUAUCUCUAACAGGCAAUCUCUUAUACAUAAUUGUAACUAUACAACACGCCAACUAAAUCUAUAUGUGCUAUUUUAUAUAUACUAAAUCGAAUUGGAAUUGUGAAUCUAAAAAUCAAACUAGCGACGAAAAACACAAACAAAAAAAAUGAAUUUUUGUACCAAGAAUUGAACAACAUAAACCUUAUAUAGUACUAUAAAAAGUGUACCUAUUUUUUUAGUGUUUAAUUUUUCAUUAUAAGCUUAAAGAAUACAAGAAAUACUUACGAACUAAAAUAAAGAAUCCAAAUUUAAUGUAAUAACAGG